GCUUCCUUUCCUCUCAAUAAAGCAUCGUCAAAAACUGUGAAAACAGUUGCACCUCAGUCAGCAUUUGAUUGAAGAUGAAGUUUACCCUUGUCUUUCUUCUUCUGAUUGAGAUCCCUCAUUUAAAAGGACAGCAGAGGAUUUACCAGUAUGGACACAUUUUGCUGAAAUUUGAGUUUGAUCCGUUUUACAACAGUUACCACAAGUCCUGUUGUAAACUCUAUCCAAACACAUGUUACCCGCUGUUGGACAGCACAGGCUUCACCGCAGGCUUUCUGAAAGGAAGAGUCACAAAAACUGAGACAAAUGGCUGCAUUCAAUUCACAAUUUCAAAUGCACAGUUUGUGGAUGCUGGGUAUUACAGAUGUACUGUGCUGGGAAGCCAAUUUCCAGUUUACAGUGAUUACGUCGUGGAAGUGUCUGAGGUGCCAGGGCAACGCUGGCCCCUGCCUGCACAGACAGCAACCCCUAAAACCACUUACAUUACUGAAACACAGCAAGACCCAACCAGACCUGAACUGGCACAGGACCACAGUGACGGUCCCAGAGUUCCGUGGAGCUCCAGCCUGAUGGUCACUGCCAUUGUGUCCACUACAGCACUGGUUUUCAUCACGUCCCUAAUUACUGCUGUUUGCUGCAGAAUCAAAGGAAAACACAAUCGAUUAAGUAAAUGAUUGCUCUUGUUCCUAAGAAUAAUUCAGCAAAAUUUAAUUGGGUAUGCAUUGUGAGAUUUAUGGGUAAAACCAACUCAUAUAACACAGCUGUUCUUUGCAGACAAAAAAAGAGAAGCACCAUGUGACCCAAUGAAGCAAGAGGAGCCAGAAGCGAGUGCCAUCGUCUACACAACUGUGGAUUUCACAGCUCACCGCAAACCCACAGAACUACAUACUAAGCAUGGAACGCACAUCAGUAGAGGACAGCAUGCUGGGAUAGUGGAGUACUCCAUGCUGGCAGUCAGCCGGUGAAACACUUGUCACUGUUAU